AUGCGCGUGGCUCUAGGCGCUGCGGAGCUGCGCCGGCUUCGGCGCAUGCGCGCGGUUCGGCCACUUCCUGCUCCCCGCGCUCGCCUGCUGGGCCGGCCAAAGGUUUCUGGCCCCAGUUCUCCAGCUGCCCCUGGCUCCCCAGCCCGCCCCUCUCUGGGCAAGAAGAUAAAGAAAGCUCCCCUCUCAGCAGGUCAGCUGCCUGGCCUGCCAACCCAGCAGGACAAGGACACCACUGCUGAGCUCAAGUUGUGCCUGCAGCGGGCACGGGAGCUGGGGGCACGGGUCCAGGUGCUGAGGGCCAGUGCCCAGAAGAAGGAUGCUGGGGAAUCUAGCAUGCCAGAGGCUGAGGGGCCUCCAGAGGAGCCAUGCAGGGAGAAGGCCCCUGCCUACCAACGCUUCCACGCCCUGGCCCAGCCUGGGCCCCCUGGCCUCGUGCUGCCCUACAAGUACCAGGUGCUGGCCGAGAUGUUCCGCAGCAUGGACACCAUUGUGGGCAUGCUCCACAAUCGCUCGGAGACCGCGACCUUCGCCAAGGUCAAGCAGGGUGUCCAGGACCUGAUGCACAAGUGCUUUGAGGAGCGGAAUGUAGGCCAGAUCAAAACUGUGUAUCCUGCUUCCUACCACUUCCGCCAGGAGCGCAACGUCCCCACCUUCAAGGAUGGUGUGAAGAGGUCCGACUACCAGCUCACCAUCGAGCCGCUGCUGGACCAGGAGGCUGGAGGUGCAGUCCCCCAGCUCACAGCCACACGUCUCCUGCAGCGCCGGCAGGUCUUCAGCCGGAAUCUGGUGGAGCGAGUCAAAGAACACCACAAGGCCUUCCUGGCCUCCCUGAACCCUCCCAUGGCAGUGCCCGAGGACCAGCUUACGCGCUGGCACCCGCGCUUCAACGUGGACGAGGUGCCCGACAUCGAACCCGCUGAGCUGCCCCAGCCACCCACCACGGAGAAGCUUGCCACUGCCCAGGAGGUGCUGGCCCAUGCCCGCAGCCUCAUGUCGCCCAGGAUGCAGAAAGCCUUGAGUCAGCUGGCCCUGCACUCUGCCGAGCCCAGCAGCCCUGGGUCCCCCAGCCAGGCACUGCCAGCCACACCACCGGCCACUCCACCCGCUCCCUCUCCCAGUGCCCUCAAGGGGGUGUCUCAGGCCCUACUGGAGCGGAUCCGGGUGAAGGAGGCACAGAAGCAGCUGGCACAGAUGACGCGGCACCCAGAGCAGGAGCGCCGGCUGCAGCAGCUGCAGCGGCUGCCCGAGCUAGCCCGCGUGCUGCGCUGCGUCUUCGUGUCUGAGCGCAAGCCGGCGCUCACCAUGGAGGUGGCCUGCGCCAGAAUGGUGGCCAGCUGCUGUGCCGUCCUGAGUCCUGGAGAGAUGGAGAGGCACCUGGUGCUCCUCUCUGAGGUGCUUCCGGACUGGCUCAGCCUCCACCGCAUCCGCACCGACACCUACGUCAAGCUGGACAAGGCUGCUGACCUGGCUGUUGUCACAGCACGGCUGGCCCGCCUGGUGCGUGCUGAGGAGGGGCUGUGAGCGCUGGGGCCGCCUUGGAUCAAGAUGGGUGCAGAGCUUGCCGGCCUGGCCCCUGCCUGUCCUAUCCCUAUAGAAGCAGGAUGCGCCUCGCUCCUCCCUUCCCUACUCCCCUGGAGUCGGAGGCCGGACGCUGGGCUGCAGACUGCACAGCCUGAGUGUCUCCUGCCGGUGUGGGUCGUGGGUCUGCCCGUGGGUCCCAUGUACGGUGUGUUCAUAUUAAACUGAUUUCUGUGGGUGG